GCCUCGACGUCUACGCCGCCAGCUACAACGCCAGCGCCUAUGCAUCCAUGACGCAGCCCGAGGGUGCCAAGAUCGGAACCCCCAAUGACGGCCCCUUCGCUACGUGGGCCAGCAUGAUGGGUGCGUUGAGGAUUGGCGGAAAUUUGCUAUCUGUCAAGGCGGAUCGUGAGCAGGACCAGGACAAGGGCGUGAGCGCAGUCAAUGCCAAGUUGACAUACUUUAGCACUGUCGCUGUCAACCCUGGGGAGUACGGCAUCACUAUCAACUCGGAAGCGUGUCCAACUUUGUCCAGCAACAGCCUCGAAUUUCUGUUCGAGAUCCCCGGCACCGACUCUCGUGAUGCAAGCGUGAGCUUCCUGGCGGAGAAGGAGAAGGAUGCCGGUGUCUAUCUGCUCGCUGAUUGCUAAAGGAGCGAGCCUGGGGUAUUCUGAGGAGAACUUGAGGUUGAUAAAGCAGGGUGCGAGGAAGAAGGAUGCAGAUUGUUUUGAGAAGGGGGACUUGAAAUUUCCAGAGCUUCAGUCAGUCGUUUGUCAAGAAUACUGCUUCAUGGAGGAGGAGCGGGAGGAAGAGAGUGUGUUACCGUGUUUAUGAAAAAGGUAUACUCUAUGAAGAGCUUGUCAGAAUCGCUAGAUGUUUCCCGGCAGGUGCACAGUGUGUCUUCUGUCUCGUGCGCUAUUCUGGUGCUUUCUCAUCGUCUUCUGCACGCUGACUCUCAUUAUCAACCUCACGAGUAAUAG